GUGCCAGAGCGGGGACACGGAGCUGAGCUGCCACGACUGGGCCCCCCCCAGCACGGACAUGUGUGCCAGCUGCCAGCAGGUCAUCACCCUCCUCAUCCGCAUGGCCAACGAGUCGGCCACCAAGGCCGCAGUGGAGGGGUUCCUGUGGCACGAGUGUGCAGCUCUACCAGUCCCUGCCAUGGUGCCGCCGUGCCAGGAGCUGGUGCACCAGUACUGGAGCCUGCUCCUCACUGACAUCGAGGGGCACCUCAAGCCCUCGGCCGUGUGCACCCACCUGGAGCUGUGCCCGGGGCAGGGGGGGGGGGAACCGGCCCUGCCCCUGCUGGAGGCACUGCAGAACAGCCCCCAGGGGGCGCUGCCGGUGCCGGUCCCGCGCUGUUGGCUGUGCCGCUCGCUGGUGUCGCGCCUGGAGGCGGCGGUUCCGCGGGAGCGCGUGGCCGAGGCCCUGGGCUCCCUGUGCCGCGCGCUCCCGCUGGCGGCGGCCGGCGCGUGCCAGUGCCUGGCCCAGCGCUACGCGGCCCUGGCGCUGGAGCGCGUGCUCGCGCGCCUCGGGCCCGCGCUGCUCUGCCGCGCGCUGCUCGGCUGCCGCCAGGGGCUGCGCGCCCCCGACGAGGGAGGAGAGCGCGGGCUGUCCCCCAAGCUGGGUCCCUGUGUCCUGGGCCCCAGGUACUGGUGCUCCAGCCCCACAGCCGCUCAGCGCUGCCAGGCCCUGCAGCACUGCCAGGAGCACGUCUGGCUCUAG